AUGGAAAGCCACUCCUCUCAAUUCAUUUAUCAACCCCUUCCACCCAUCGCCCCCGUUGGCAAGACCCCUCCUUUCACUCGUCUAUUUCUCUUCAAUUCCGGGCAGGCAAAUGAGCCGCUUCGUGGCACCCUCGUAAUCCACGCUCUAGAUCCCAGCUACGCAUCUAUACCGCCAUAUGAGGCUCUUUCUUAUGUUUGGGGCUCGGGGUCGGCGCAGACGCCCAUAUAUAUCAAUGACUGUCCGAUUGUCAUAAAGCCAAACUUGGACGCUGCGCUCCGGAGCCUCCGACCGCCAACGCAAGCUAGGCUGCUUUGGGUGGAUGCUUUGUGCAUUGACCAGUCAAAUGCCGAUGAGCGGUCAAGGCAAGUAGGAUAUAUGCGACUGGUAUACAAGCAUGCUACGCGAGUUAUUGUAUGGCUUGGGAGCUGGACACCAGGGGUAGAAAUGGCCUUUGAGCUUGCGGAGAGACUCGCGCACAUGCGGGAUAGCUGUGGUGCAGAUAAAGACACUUUACAAAAGGCAGUUGUUGAACUGGCUGUUGGAGCGCCUGAGGCGUUUCACCAUCUGGACCAAUUAUUUGAUCGCCCGUAUUUUAUCCGAAAUUGGUGCAUACAGGAGGUUGUGGCAAGCAGAAGGGCCAUAGCCAAGUGUGAGGGGCUAGAAAUGAAUUUCUUUGACCUCAUAUCAACGGCUCCAUAUGUUGCCAUGAAACGGGAUCAGAUACUGGUAGGAAUGCCUUUCGAAUUUUGGAAUAUGAUCUUCUUGCUGCAGCAUCCUUCAAGUGGGUCUCGAGGUGGAGCCGUUGAAGGAUCACUGGGUAAUUUGACAUUGUUGCUUGCAUCAUCUCGAGAUUUUAAAGUUACCGAUCCACGGGACAAGGUGUUUUCAUUACUGGGAAUAUCCGAUGAAGGGUUAGAUCCCUCUUUGGCACUCACGCAAAUCAUGUCGACCUCGGGCACCAAUACAGUACUGUCGCUAUACCGGCGAGCUGCCUCCAGCAUUGCAAGGCACAUUAAUGAUCUUGGUCCUGGUCUCGAUAUUCUGAGGCACAAAGCUCUCCAGCCAAACUACAACAAGGACGUCGUUGAGGUCUACAGAGAUCUCACGAGAUUUUUAAUUAGGAAAUCUCCUCGGGUGCUCUCCGUAUUGGCGCAUGUGCAACACACGGAUGAUCCAGCUCAGAGCUACUUCCCAUCUUGGGUUCCGAAAUGGUUUCAACCCCGCCAGUGCAGUGUCCUCGAUGUAGGCUGCUUUCUUGCUGGAUUCUGCGACGGCCAUUUUCGAUAUUUUGCAGAAGUUGAAGAUAUGCCUCUCUCAAAAGAACCCAUGCAGCCGAACUAUCUUCGACUUCGUGGAUUUCAUGUGGAUAAGGUCAAAUCUGUUAGCGAAAUAUUGGAGUACAGUCUUACAGGUCCAUUUCCAUUUCAAGACUUGUGGAAUCAAAUGUUUAGUUUUCCGAUAAACCAGUCCCCAAUGCCUUUAUAUCAUGACAAGGCCCCUUUGGUGAUGGCAUUUUGUGCCACAUUGCUUGCUACGCCACUGGGAGCAGCUAUGGGGGAUAUUAGUCAGUUGAUGGGCGAAACACAGGGUCUUACGAAGGAAAAGUUUAUACGGCAGGGUGAAGCGGAUGCCGCAGUGUUUCUUUUAUCCAAGAUCCUGGUCGACGAUACCAUUCCAAUAGCAUGCGGACCUGAGAAACUGAAUCUCCUUGACUAUCUCUGUAGCCUUGUGACAAUGGAGUUAGGUGAGGCCGGAGCCGAUGCAGAACGUUUCGAGCGUGGUGCAAGGUCAGUAUGCUUCCAUCGCCGUUUCUACGUUACAGAAAAGGGUUACUUAGGUAUUGGCCCUCGGAUGAUGAGUCCUGGCGACGAAGUUUGUGUCCUCUUUGGCGGCAGGGUUCCAUUUAUCUUACGCCGUAUGCCGGAUCAUCAUCUAUUCAUUGGAGAUACAUAUAUCAAUGAUGAUGAUGUAAUGUGGGGGAAGAUUACUGAGGGAAUUAAACACCACAAGAAAUCGGAUAUUCCAUCAUUUCUGUAUGAGAUGAGGUAA